AUGUGGUCCACAGCCGGCCUCCCAUACAAGAUGUACGGCGGCAAUGAGGGCUCGUUGACUGAGAAGAGGAAGCAGCGCCGCAUCCGGACCACGUUCACGUCCGCCCAGCUGAAGGAACUGGAGCGCGCUUUCCAGGAGACCCACUACCCUGACAUCUACACGAGAGAGGAGAUCGCCAUGAAGAUAGACCUGACAGAAGCUAGGGUACAGAAUUCUGUCGCACGACUAAUCGCUCUGAAGUCCGUGACAUUUGAUACGGUAGAAACAAAUACAGUGCCGAGACUCUGCGCUAUGGGAACUGGCGGGAGGUACGCUCGAUUGCGCCCCCGCGCCGUGUCCCGCCUCUCCCACGGGAUGCCCGUGCCUACUGUCCAGAGAUCAAACGAUAAUUCGCUA